AUGAAUCAAUCCGAUAUACACCCUACAACCCUGGAAACCGGCCAGGAAGAGAAACAGAAGAUAGAGGAUCCAACUCUCCCCGACGAUAUCCAGAAAGCCGAAACCGUACCCUACCGCCAAGAUGUUUUUGGUGAUGAAGAGCACGCAGAGGUCAAGUAUAAGACUUUGAAGUGGUGGCAAUGCGGCCUCCUAAUGGUCGCCGAAACAAUCUCCCUCGGAAUUCUCUCCCUCCCCGCCGCCGUCGCAGGCCUCGGCCUGGCCCCAGCAAUCAUCAUCCUCAUAUCUCUAGGUCUAGUAGCUUCAUACACCGGCUACGUGAUUGGACAACUGAAAUGGCGAUACCCGCAUAUAUCCAGCAUGGCCGACGCAGGCGAGAUUCUCAUGGGGAGAUUCGGUAAAGAGACACUCUUCGGGGGACAAAUAUUAUGUCUUAUUUUCGUGAUGGCGAGUCAUUUGUUGACAUUUACGGUGGCUAUGAAUAUGAUUACGGUGCAUGGGACUUGUUCGAUUGUGUUUGGGGUUGUGGGGUUAGUGCUGUCUUUGGGGUUGUCGUUGCCUAGGACGUUGAAGAAUAUGUCGUGGCUUUCGUUGGCUUCAUUCAUUAGCAUCUUCACAGCCGUCCUCCUCACAAUGAUUGCAAUCGCCAUCGAAAACCCAAUGCCAUCUAUCAAAGCAACCGUGCCAACAAAUCUCGUCACCGGCUUUACUUCAGCCCUCAACAUCACUUUAUCCUACGCAAGCCACAACAUCUUCUUCAACGUGAUCGCCGAACUCAAGGACCCCAGAGACUUCCCUAAAGCGCUUACCUUGCUGCAAUGCAUUGACAUCACCCUGUACCUCGUCGCAGCGGUGGUUAUAUACUGCUAUGCCGGUGAUAGCGUUGCUUCUCCGGCACUCGGUUCAGCAAGUCCACUGAUUUCGAAGAUUGCGUAUGGCCUUGCAUUACCAACUAUUAUUAUUGCCGGCGUCAUAAGCGGCCACAUCGCCUGCAAAUUAAUCUACACGCGCGUCUUCGCAGGCACAGACCGAAUGCACAAGCGGGAUUUCACGGCCGUUGGAUCGUGGAUCGGGAUCGCCGUGGCUCUCUGGGUAAUCGCGUGGAUUAUCGCAGAGGCGAUUCCGGUGUUUAGCAAUCUUCUCAGUCUCAUGACGGCACUCUUCGCCAGCUGGUUCAGUUUCGGUCUCCCGGGUAUGUUCUGGUUGUAUAUGAAUAAGGGGCUGUGGUUUGCUUCACCCAGGAAGAUGCUUUUGACGGUGGUUAAUGCGCUUUGUAUUUGUAUUGGUGUUGUUAUGUGCGGUCUUGGUUUGUAUUCUUCUGGCAAGGCGAUUCAUGAUGAUUCGAGUAGUGCUAGUUUUUCAUGUGCUGCUAAUACUGCGUAA